CUCGAGCCUUCUGGCCCGCAUUUGACUUAUCUCACCGUCCCGAUUUUCCUUCUUACAGACGCACUCUUCUCUCUCUUUAUUAGAAACCGACUCCACCUCUCUGAACCACCUCUAGCUACUAUUUCUGGUAUUGUUUUCGGUCCAAAAUGUGCGGGCGUCCUUCGCCCUGAGCAAUGGGGAUUCACCGAUGACGUGAUUCAAGAAAUCACAAGACUCACCGUUGGCAUCCAAUGCUUCGCCGUUGGCCUGGAGCUGCCAAAUGAUUACUUUAGGAAUACCUGGAGAAGUUUAACGAUCCUGCUUGGACCAGUGAUGGCAUUUGGAUGGGUCGUUUGCGCUGCCUUCGUCUAUUGGAUCUUCGAAACCGAUAUCCCCACGGCUUUGAUAAUAUCAGCAUGCCUAACACCUACGGACCCCGUGCUUGCAGCCAGCGUCUUAUCCAACUCCCAGUUUUCCGAAAGGGUCCCUCUACGUCUACGCCUGAUCCUUUCUGCUGAAUCCGGUUGCAACGACGGCGUCUCUUUCCUAUUGCUUUGCGUCGGGAUUAGCAUCCUCACCAGCGCCACCCUCGGGAGCAUAUUCAAGAUAUUCAAGAAAUGGUUCCUAGUCCACAUCCUCUAUCAAUGCGGCGUAGGCAUCAUCCUCGGCCUGUUCCUCGGCCACGCCGCCAACCGCCUCUUUCGCUUCUCCAACAAUCGCAAAAUAGUCUGCCGAGCAUCCUACCUCGUCUUCUACCUCCUGCUCGCCAUCUUCUCCAUCGGCGCCGCCAGCACCCUCGGCGUCAACGACUUCCUCGUAGCCUUUGGCGCAGGCGUCGGUUUCGGCCACGCUGGCAACUCGCCUAUCCGCGAAAAGAACUUACCUGUAGUCAUCGAUUUGCUCCUCAACAGCACCUUUUUGGUGUUCUUCGGUGCCCUUAUCCCCUGGCACGCCUUCACCUCUGGUUCUGACUUCGUGGGAAUUACUCCCGGCAGACUAAUCGGCCUUAUCGGGCUCGUCCUCGUCUUCCGCCGCCUUCCCAUCGUCCUGGCGCUGUAUCGCUGGAUGCCAGCCAUCAAGACCUUCAACGAGGCCCUCUUUACUGGCCACUUCGGGCCGAUGGGCGUCGGUGCACUGUUCCUGGUCAUGGAAGCGCGGGCGCAGCUGGAGACGGACGCGUCGAUCCCGCUGCCGCACCCGCCGCAUAAUUUCCCCGAGACAAAGAAGAGGGCGGUGCUAUUGGUGUGGCCGGUCGUGUGCGCGGUUGUACUAGCGAGUACGAUGGUGCAUGGGCUGAGUACGCUGGCGAUUAGUAUAGUGGGGCAUCUGGCGAGGGAUGAGGGGGAGAGAGCGCCGUUGAUUGGGGCGGAGACAGAUGGGUUAGGGGGAAUGGUGCAUGAAGAUUCAGAGGAGGAGGUGGAUGAGAGGUAUGAGAAUGGGUCGGUGUGA